AUGGCCUCAUCUCCGAAGCUUACUCUAAAAUCUGGUUCCCCUCUCCCUGAUGGCACUGACUAUAGACGUCUUGUUGGCAGCUUACAAUAUCUCGCCUUUACCAGGUUAGAUAUCAGCUAUGCGGUGAAUCGCCUGUUCAAGUUCAUGCACCGCCCCACUGAAGCACAUUGCCAAGCUGCAAAACGGGUACUUCGUUAUCUUGCAGGGACAACAACUCACGACAUCUUCUUUGCCGCCAAGAACAAUUUGAACCUUCACGCUUACUCCGACGCUGACUGGGCUGGUGAAUCUGAUGACUAUGUCUCCACAAACGCCUAUAUUGUCUACAUGGGAACUCAUCCUGUCUCCUGGUCUGCGAAAAAGCAGAAAACUGUUGCUCGCUCUUCCACUGAAGCCGAAUACAGAGCUGUGGCCAAUACCUCUGCUGAACUGCGUUGGAUUUGCAAUCUCUUAUCUGAGCUUGGCGUCCACAAACAAGUUGUACCGAUUGUCUACUGUGAUAAUGUCGGAGCCACUUUUCUGUGUGCCAACCUUGUCUUUCACUCACGCAUGAAGCACAUUGCCCUUGAUUAUGAUUUUGCUCGAGGGCAAAUUCAGCAAGGACAACUUCGUGUUUGUCACGUUAACACAAAAGAUCAGUUAGCCGAUGCCUUGACAAAGCCUCUCUCUCGCACACAAUUUCUACAUCUAAGGAACAAGAUUGGAGUGUCUCCCGGCCCUCCAUCUUGA